AUGGCCUCGCAAACGCAGGGAAUUCAGCAGCUUCUGGCCGCCGAGAAGCGUGCCGCCGAGAAAAUCAACGAGGCGAGAAAGAGAAAGUUGCAGAGAACGAAACAGGCGAAGCAGGAGGCUCAGGCCGAAGUCGAGAAGUACAAGGCGGUGAGUGGAGGCAAUUUUUCGCGAUGUCUUACGAAUUUUUUUGCAGCAACGUGAGCAAGAGUUCAAGAACUUUGAACAACAGUAUUUGGGAACGAAAGAGGACAUUGAGAGCAAAAUCCGUCGCGACACGGAGGACCAGAUCAGCGGAAUGAAGCAGAGCGUCGCCAGCAACAAGCAGGCUGUCAGUUUUAGACCCAAAAAAGGGGGGAAAUCAGAGCUCGGCCCACUUCCAGUUGACCGAUCGGACUCAAAAACGUUCUGGACAUUGUCCUUGGUAUCAAGCAUAUCCAGAACAAGAAACAGGACGGCCGAGCCUUUUUUCAAGUUUCAGUUUAUUGCGAGAUGAGAUCAAUGCGCUCUACGGGUUCUGACAACCGGGUAAUCCCGGUUAAUAACAAAAAAAUGAUGAUUCAUUCGGAACUGUUUAGGUCCGAUCGUUCAACUGCAAGUGGGCCAAAAACACAGGCCGCAAAAAAGCCGCGGCCGGCAAAUGUCCAGCUCUGAAAAUUGAGAAAAAACUAGAAUUGUCUUCAUCACAUUUUGCAAUUUUCAGGUGAUUGUGCGUCUUCUGCAGCUGGUGUGCGACAUCAAGCCGGAGCUCCACCACAACUUGACUCUCCAGAAGAAGCUCCACGGACAGUUCGCCGCUUAA